ACAUUCAGCGACAUGACAAGUGUAACAUGAGAUGAAGGGACGACUCCGACGAGUGCCAGAACUGCCCAUCAUAUCGGCGAAACUGUUCCUAGCCUGGAUAUUCUCUAAAGCCGACGUUAUAUUCUUCGUACACCGGAUCGUGUGGUAUGUGUUCUACGCCCGGUCAUCAAUGAACAGCAGCGUGGAUUUCUUCGAGAGUCUCAUAGACGAGGACGGUCGCUUUGCCGAACUCAAUUUACAAGAAACUCCUCGAGGAACAAGGACGCGAAAUAUUGCUAACCGACCACGUUUUGUACAAGCGGAAAACAUCAACAAUGGCGGAGGAUUGUCGCUUUCGCCUCCACACACUAUAUCACAGCGGGAAACGGGGACGCAAGUGUCUCAAUGUUACAGCGGUCCCCCUUCGCCGUGUGGCUCCACAAGUUCAACACCCUCGCCCACAUUAUCUCCUGCACCUCCACCGGGAAAUGCCACUCUUGACCCAAAUUGGCAGGCCACAAAACCAACGGUCAGGGAGCGAAAUGCUGCUAUGUUCAAUAAUCAACUCAUGUCAGAUGUGACAUUCAUUGUUGGUUCACCAGGUCACACUCAACAAGUUAUACCAGCACACAAAUAUGUUUUGGCAACUGGUAGUUCUGUGUUCUAUGCCAUGUUUUAUGGAGGAUUGGCAGAAUGUAAAAAAGAAAUUGAAGUACCAGAUGUUGAACCUUCAGCAUUUCUUACACUAUUAAAAUACCUAUACUGUGAUGAAAUCCAACUUGAAGCCGAUACAGUUUUAUCUACACUUUACGUUGCAAAGAAGUAUAUUGUACCACAUUUGGCAAAGGCCUGUGUAAACUUUCUAGAAACUAGUCUCACUGCAAAAAACGCAUGCCUACUUCUCAGUCAAUCACGUUUAUUCGAAGAACCUGAGCUGAUGCAAAGAUGCUGGGAAGUUAUUGAUGCUCAGGCUGAAAUGGCAUUAACCUCGGAAGGAUUUGUCGAUAUAGACAUCUCUACAUUAGAGUCUGUAUUGGCACGAGAGACUUUGAAUUGCAAGGAAAUAAAUCUUUUUGAGGCAGCCCUAGCAUGGGCCCAUGCAGAAUGUGUCCGGAGGGAAAUAGAUGCAACACCUUCAAACAAAAGAUCUAUGUUGGGCGGUGCCAUUUACCUUAUAAGGUUUCCGACAAUGUCCUUAGAAGAGUUUGCUAACAGUGCAGCACAACUUGGGAUAUUAACACCUCAAGAAACAAUUGAUAUAUUUCUUCAUUUUACUGCUGCAAGCAAACCAAUGUUGUCUUACCCUAUAAAGGCUAGAGCAGGACUCAAAGCACAGAUCUGCCACAGAUUUCAGUCCUGUGCAUACAGAAGCAAUCAAUGGAGGUACAGAGGGAGAUGUGACUCUAUUCAAUUUUGUGUUGACAAAAGAAUAUUUGUGGUUGGUUUUGGAUUAUAUGGAUCAUCCAAUGGUGCAGCGGACUAUAAUGUAAAGAUUGAACUUAAACGUUUGGGAAGAGUUUUGGCAGAGAACAACACAAAGUUUUUCUCUGAUGGAUCAAGUAACACUUUCCAUGUUUACUUUGAGAACCCGAUACAAAUUGAACCGGAAUGCCUUUACACAGCAUCAGCGAUACUGGAUGGGAGUGAGUUAAGUUAUUUUGGACAGGAAGGCUUAAGUGAAGUGUACAUGGGUACAGUGACAUUCCAAUUCCACUGCUCAUCGGAGAGUACAAACGGCACUGGUGUUCAGGGUGGGCAGAUUCCCGAACUCAUUUACUAUGGCCCCACAGUCAACACUUCAAUGGCCAACACAAAUGGAAAUGAAGACUGACAUAUAAGCAAAAUUUGCCGCCUAAUCUAUUAUUCAGUAUAAAAUAAUAUUAAUUGUUUCACUUAAUAAGUCAUUAAAAAUUUGUAGAAUGAUGUAGUCACUUCUUAUAAAAAAUAUUUUGUUAAAGUUAAUAAUUAUGUAAAUUGUUAAAACUUGGCUUAGAUUAUACCAGUAUAUGUGAUAUGAAUGUCAUUAAGCUCUCUAAAGACUCUUUAAAGUUUAAUUGUAGACGUUUCUUAUAGGUUAAGUAUGUAAAAUAAAUCUAAAUUAAAAUGUAA